AUGGAGAGGUAUGCAGCCAGCUUGCGGUUUCGACGCCUAAUGGAGAAUUUAAAUUGGUUCUGGGGAUUUGGCGGACUUCUUGUGGGCAUUUGUUUGAUCAGUGUACUUUCCACUGUUCAUGACCAGACCUUUGCUUGGGGCCUGGGGUGGACGAUUCCAUGGAUUUGGGCUGGUGUCUGGGCUGUUAUUACCACCUACUGGGUGAAGUCUGCUUUGAGGGAAGAGAAACGCACCUGGUCCGAGACCAGAAGGGAGACCGUGGUGUGA